AUGAACAUCCCAUCCUUCAACACUCGCGAGAAGUCCGCCGAGGACGCCUACAUCCGCAAGCGCGAAGCCGAGAAAGCUGCUGCUGCCUCGGCCGCCAAGCAGCAAAACGCUGGCGCGCAGACUACUACCCAGGCCAAGACAUCAUCACAGGCAGGCCAGAGCACACAGAGCAGUGCCAAGUAG